AUAAGGAGCGGGAGCUGAGGGGAGGGAGAGGCCGGUUUGGGUCUGGCCGCUGCCGCUGUUCGCCCGAGGUCUUCAGGCCGGGCUGCGGCUCCGUCCUCAGUUCCUGGGCACCGUCUGCGAGGCUCCGCCAGGCCAGCGUGAGAGAGCCGCAGGCGGCGGCCGCCGCAUCAUGUCAGCCAAGGACGAGCGUGCCAGGGAGAUCCUGAGGGGCUUCAAACUAAAUUGGAUGAACCUUCGGGAUGCUGAGACAGGGAAGAUACUCUGGCAAGGAACAGAAGACCUGUCAGUCCCUGGCGUGGAGCACGAAGCCCGUGUUCCCAAGAAAAUCCUCAAAUGCAAGGCAGUGUCUCGAGAACUGAACUUCUCUUCAGCAGAGCAAAUGGAAAAAUUCCGCCUGGAACAAAAAGUCUACUUCAAAGGGCAAUGUCUGGAAGAAUGGUUCUUCGAGUUUGGCUUUGUGAUCCCUAACUCAACAAACACCUGGCAGUCCCUGAUAGAGGCCGCACCCGAGUCCCAGAUGAUGCCAGCCAGCGUGCUAACUGGAAAUGUUAUCAUAGAGACAAAGUUUUUUGACGACGAUCUUCUCGUAAGCACAUCCAGAGUGAGGCUUUUCUACGUUUGAGAGAAGAAUGUGUGUGCAUUUCAAGAAUUCAUUUUUUUAGAGGGAUGGAGGAAACUGUUUACUUUUUUCCUCUAUACCUUUGAUUUUUGGCACUUUCACCCCUGAUUCCUUCUACGGCAAAACCCACCUGCGGCCACCAGGGGACCAGCUCUGUGUAGGUAACCAGAUGGCUUUUUUCUCUCAAGCCACCAUCUUCCGUUGACCAGGGUAUAAACUCCCAGUCCCAGACCAGGGCAGAGGGCAUGCCUCGACUCCUUCCUGGAGUAGACCCAGGGACAGACACACAUCACGAGCUGUUCCCAUCACCCUCCCUGCCUCCUCCUUGGGCCCUGCAGGCAACACAUCUUUUGGCCCCUGGUUUUGGAAAACUUCAUGUUCCUGACCCGUGUUUAGUUUUUUCCUACCAUUUCUAUUUCAUACAUUCUCAUACAUUUAACUUGUAAAAUAGACUGAUAUUAUUAUUAUUACAUAAUUAAUUAAAACAUG